UUUCGCUCGGUCGAACGUGUUUCUGGAUUACGGGUGUUAUUCGGUGCCUCAAAACUGGAGACAUUUUGGUUCCCAAGUGAAGGUGUCAACCUUGACCACGGUUCCUGCAGCGCGAUAGUUUGGUCCUUGCGGCAGUGACUUCCGGAUGGUGUAGCAUUUCCGGAAGUUCAAUCUGUGGAAUAGCAAGCUAGGAAAUCUUUCUGCUCCAUGAGAAAGUGUAGUGGUACUCUGCUCUUUGGUGAGGUCCAUGGUGAAGGAGUCAUCAUCACCCACUUUCCAAUGCGUGAGUGGACGGACGACGGACAACAAACUGCAGAAUCCUAACGGAAUAUCGAAUCGGUGGUAAUCGGUAGUGUCCCCGGAAUCGACACACCAGAUUGUGCAAAAUAAAUCUGUUUCAAAAUUCGGAAAAUAAAAGCCUUUACCGUUCAGAAAUUACAACAUUUAACCGAAUGGGAAAGUGAGACGAAGGGAAAAAGUGUAAAUGGGAUAAAACAUCCAACAAGCAAAACAAAAAGAAGAAGCAACGGAAGGUGAACAGUUUUUGUUUAUUUUUUUCUCGCUUAGCGCUUUUGGAAUCUGACUGCUACCAGCUAAGCGAGCUAGGAGGCAAAGAUUUACUGCUGUGCUGUGCUGUAACCUGACCUGAGUGCGGGGUGUGCAGUUGUGUUGGGCGAUCGUUAAAUACGAGUUUGGUUGCGCAGAUUUAAUAGUGUUUGUGUUGUUGUGAUCUUGUGGGUGUAUGUUUUUUAAAACGCUGGAGAUACAUUUAACAAUCGCCGAAGGUGCAGGGAUCGAUCAACGGCGUGUAAAUUAAUCGAUGCAGUGUCUUCGAGUGAUCGAUCAAUCGGGGAUCGGAAAGGAUUGAAGGAGGGCAGCAGUGCCCAACAGCAGCAAGUGGGCAAAUUCUGACGACGUCGUCGAGGUCGCCCUUGGAUGAUUGGACGUGUAAAUGUGCUAUCAUAGUGGUUGAAUAGCAUAGAGGAGAACUUUCGGACCAUCAACAAUCAACCAGAAGACAGAAGAGUAGAAGAAGUACUCAGCCACCUUCCUUCACCAUUGAAGCGUGUGUGCAUCCCAUUCAAAUUGUGUGGAGGUAGAACGAGGGAAAAAAGGCAGCAAAGUAUAGCGAAAAAUUGUGGGCAAAAAAAACUGCUGAAUGGAUGGAUAAUACACCUUCAGGGUUGGGUUCGUUCGGUUUGCUCUUUUGCUGCUACUCUCCUCCACGAUUUGGGGAGGACGUGAGCUCGAAGAGGAGGUUGCCCCAAGUAAAUUCCAACUAACUUGGAAUCAUCAGCGGGGAAGUUACGAAAAAGAAGACGACGACCAAUCCAGUCGAUGGUGUGUUCGCAUUUUACAGCACCAAGCACCGGCCGCCAACAUCCUGUGUUCGAUUCUCUCUCUCGGUACGGCUCUGUGGAGUUUUUUUUUGCAUUGAUUCGACACGCGGGGGCUUCAGCAGCAACCAAGCAACCCUCUAACACUCCGACGUCGAGUCAGUGUCGGUAUUGUGCAAUUGCCCACCUUUUGCCGAGCAUAUUCUGCACUUCAUUCAGCCAGCCAGGCCAGAGUACCUACUCGUCUCUUCGAGGCUGCUUCCAAAGCUGAGGUCGAUCGGUGUUUUUGGUAUCGCGUGUGUGGGUUGCGUCGACCCAAAGCUGCCGAGAAUAGUGUUGGUUAGCUUCCAUUGCGUUUCGUUGUGUGUGUGCAGCGAUAGUGUGUUGAAAUUUUUCUGAAUCAAAACCUCUCGGUCCGGCCUCGCUUGUUACCUAGCGAGCUGGCCAGGAAAGUCCGUCCCGUUCAGUGAGCGGGAGCGAGUUUACUAGUGCGGUCGUCGGUGUGUUUUACUCCGUCUUUGUCGUCGUCGUCGUCGCAGUCUGGAGAACGUGUGAGCAAAACGUGCCACUUUCAACCUAGCUAGCUACAACAACAGCAAAACGUGCUGAUAGAAGCAGAAGCGAAAACCUUCCUUGCGAGAUUUUGUUCCGAUUCGGGAAUUAAAAAUACUUGAAUGAAGCGCUGCUAGGAGGUCACCAUCAUUCAUAUAAGUGGAAAGCAAUUCAUCAACAAGAAAAAAGUUUGAGUGCAGUGUUUUUAACUACUUCAUUACAAGAAAAAAAAAUCAAACCAUCAAUUCCUAAAAAUGUGUGUCGUUUUUGCCCAUGGACGGCCUUAAAAAGUGAAACAUGUAAUCGUGGGUGAUAAAGCAAGAUAUCCUAGCAACAUUCUUCAGAAUCAUUACUUCAUACAUUCUGGAUCUUCCUUCAUUCGAGGAUAAUAACAGUAACGGCGGCCGCAGAAUUCGAUUCACAUUCAUCGGGUGCUGCCCCACCAGUUAUGGAUUCAAUAUGGCUGACGAUACACGCAAAGUCCGUGUUGAGGAACAACUGAAGAUAAAAAUAGGCGAAGCGAAAAAUUUACUCGGACGCAAUGGCAACAACUGCGGCGGGGCAACAUCGGGCUCGAAGGAAAACCGAGAUGUGUACUGUACGGUGGCCUUGGACCAGGAGGAGAUCUGCCGGACGCCGACCAUCGAACGAACGCUGGGACCCUUCUUCGGGGAGGAGUACCAGUUCGAGAUACCGCGCAGCUUCCGGUACCUGUCGGUGUACGUGUGGGAUCGGGAUCGGCACCUCAAGCAGGACAAACCCUACGGAAAGAUUGCGAUCAAGCGGGAGGAUUUGCAUCAGUAUAACCACAAAGACCACUGGUUCCCGCUGAGGCCAGUCGAUGAGGAUUCCGAGGUGCAAGGAAUGGCUCAUCUGGAAAUCACGAUCGACGACGGUGUCGGAAAUCUGAAGCAAAGUAAUGAAUUUGACGAUUGUAGCAGCUUUCAGGUGACGACCUCGACCAACAACAGCACCUCCUCGUUCGGUAGUGUGAUUAGUAGUGCGAGUAGCGACACGAAAGAGAAUUCCACCUCCUCCCAUCAUCACCAUCAUCAGCUUCAUCAUCUGCAUCAUCAGGGCUUCCUGAUGAACAGUUCUGUGAAUAGUACAAAUUUAAAGUUAAGUUUCCCAUCCAAAAGUGCAAGUAGUGCCGGAAGUGGGGGAAGUGGUGGGGGUACAUUAAGGACAAUUUUCGGCGGCAGCAGCGACUUUGGCAACAACGUACAACAGCAACCGUUUCGCAACAUUCUCGACAGCAGCAGCUCGACCAGCCGGAGUUCGCGGAUAUCGAUCAAACUGACCGAAUGUGUGAACCUGGCCCGGAAAAAUGGCCUCUGUGAUCCGUACGCAAUACUAACUGCUCAUUAUUCAAAUAAGAAAAAGCUAACGAAACGUACUAAGGUGAAGAAGAAGACGGUGAACCCGGAAUUCGGCGAUACCGUGAGCUUCGAUUUGUGUGUAGACGCGUGUAGUGACUCGAAAGGUGAUAGUAACAACACGUAUACGGUGGUACCCUUGGGUGGGGCCGAUCUGUGUGAAGUGGUGAUAACAUUCUGGCAUGACAGCCCGGGUAUGGGGGAUGACGUUUUCCUCGGGGAAAUCAAACUUCCGGUCCGUGGCAAACAACAGCUGAAUGCGGUUCAGCACAGUGCGUGGUACUAUCUACAACCUCGGACAAGUCACUCGCGGCCAACGCGAACCUGUGCAACCCCUCCGGGGACUCGACUCUCUUGUGAUAACUCGCUCGGAUCGCUCAGACUCAAACUUAACUAUACCGCGGAUCACGUUUUCCCUCUAGCGACCUACGAUCAACUCCUCAACAUCCUCAUACAAUCGAUAGACCAAAAACCCAUCACCUCCAGUGCCGUUCACAUCCUGGGGGAAAUCAUUCAGAACAAAACCGAGGUAGCUCAGCCACUCGUGCGACUCUUCACCUACACCAACCUCAUAGCCCCAAUGAUCAAAGCCCUGGCAGAUCACGAGAUCUCUAAACUCACCGACCCAACGACGAUCUUCCGCGGCAAUACGCUCGUUUCAAAAAUGAUGGACGAAGCCAUGCGACUCUCCGGUCUACACUACCUGCACAAUACCCUGAGGCCGAUCGUCGAAGAAAUCUUCGCCGACAAAAAACCCUGCGAAAUCGAUCCGGCCCGGGUCAAGGACAAGAGCCAGAUUGACUCCAAUCUUGUGAACCUUCAGGACUAUGUCGAAAAAGUGUUCGAAGCCAUCACCAAGAGUGCCGUUCGCUGUCCCACUGUGUUGUGCCAAAUCUUUCACGACUUACGCGAAUGUGCGGCCAAGUACUUCCCCCAAAACAAGGAGGUGCGCUACUCAGUCGUUUCGGGGUUUAUUUUUCUGCGAUUUUUUGCACCAGCCAUCCUGGGGCCAAAGCUAUUUGAUCUGACGACCGAACCGGUGGACGAACAGACGACACGCACCCUGACGCUGAUCUCGAAAACGAUCCAAUCGCUGGGUAACCUGGUCAGUUCCCGGUCGGCGCAGCAACCCUGCAAGGAACAGUACACCGGACAGUUGUACAAAAAGUUCUGCACCGAGCGGCACGUCGAAGCCAUCAAGCACUUCCUGGAGGUGAUCUCGACGGUGGGUGCAACGAAUAUUACGGAUGCGGACGCGACCCCGAUGCUGGAACCGGUGGUGCUCAAGGAGGGGAUGAUGACCAAACGGGCCCAGGGUCGGAAGCGUUUCGGCCGGCGGAACUUCAAGCAGCGCUACUUUCGGCUCACCACCCAAUCGCUCAGCUACGCCAAAGCGAAGGGCAAACAACCGAUCUGUGAUAUACCGCUGUCCGAGAUACUGGCCGUAGAGCGGCUCACCGAGCGCAGCUUCAAGAUGCAGAACAUCUUCCAGGUGAGUGAUCGCGAGCCCUACUAGUAGUUAGUAGUUUAU